AUGUCUACCAACAGAUUGAUCGAAAACAUCUCACAGUUGAGCGAGGUUGAGAUGGAUGUGUUACACGCCAUGGAGGGUGAGGUCAGCAGCGCCAGUAUUCCAUACGAGACAGUCUAUCGCGAGUUUCAAUCUGGUGGUUGGCAGACUGCCUUGUUAUAUACGCCAGAGGGAGGGAAUGAGGAUGGCACUGUGCGCGAUGGCGCUGCAAUCCCGACAGAAUUGGUCCGUAAACUCCCGGCGGUAUACCAAUUUCUUGAAGAUUUAGGUCUGGAUUAUUUUACUGUGAGGAUCGCACGGAACAGUCCUGAUUCCUGGCUGUGGGAGCAUCGAGACUACAAUGAGCUUGCCGCUCAAAAGUCCAGAUUACGGCUGCAUGUGCCUUUGGCAUCCAGUCCAAGUGCUUUGAUCCAUUUUGACGAAUCUGCGAUAUGUAUGGCAUCCGGAUGGAUUUGGAAACUAAACCCAACCGCCAGCCACGCGAUAUCCAACACUGGCUUGGAGCCACGUACGCAUCUGAUUCUCGAUUGCUACGUCAACCAACGCCUACGAGAAAUGCUAAAUCAUGAGAUUCUGCAACAAGACCGCGUUCAACGGCUGCCUCACCUAGCGCCAGAGGAACGCAAAGCGCUUAUCCACCAAGCGGGCAUUUUGCUCACUCAAAACGGCAUGAAAGAGGCUGAGGAGUACCUCCUCAAGACAUUUCACAAGUUCAAUCUCGGUGGGGAAACAAGUUACGACCUUGUCAUUGACUUUUAUAAUGAGAUUGGCUUUCGAAGUCGUGAAAAUUAUUGGAUCUCUGUGCAGUUCUCUCACAUUCAUCGUCGUGCCAAGGUCGAUGUUGAUGAGACGAUGGAGAGCCUACAUGGUACCGUCUUCUCAGACCUGCAUAACUUGAGCAGCUUGCCGCAGUUUGAAAUUCUCCAGAGCAUUUCGCAAACUUGCCGCCACUGCUCGGGUCUUGAACAGCUUUUUGUGCGUGGGUCUUUGGCGCGUGGAGAUUUCGAUUUGAACUCGGAUGUCGAUUUGCUCUGUGUGGUCGCAGCGCCGGAAUACAUCAAUUUCAUCAAAAAGGUGGAUUCUGACAUCAAAGAGCACCAUGGAGCAUUGAUGGAAAGAUGGGUUGAUACCAUUGUCAAGGAUUUCGGCGGCAUCGGCUUCGUCUACCUACUGCAAACUGAAAAGGGCCCAUUUCAACUAGAUCUCUACGUCUCCUGUUCAGGGCACCCAUCUUUCGCACGUUUGGCAACUGUUCCGCACAAGGUGCAAAUAUUUCGUCAAACCCCAGAUGAGAGCCAAACCAAAGCGCAUCUCGAUGAAUUGCUCUAUCGACUACACAGCAAGGAAAUUAAAUGCUACAUCUCUGCUUUGCAUGGCCUCGAGCCCUCAGCCAGCCGGCUUUUAACAGAACUGGGUAUUCUGGGUUUCAUGAUUGCAAAAUGUCUCGGGCGUGGCGAUAUCUUUGUGGCUCUUAGCGAAUAUCACAUGUGGCAAAGGUGCUUUAUCAAGCUCGCGCGCUCCAAAUUCGAUAAACCGCAUCUAGAGUACGGCUUCUAUCAUUUGAAGCGGCUCAUGGCCAAGCCCAGCGAGAGUGGCCAUCUGUGA